UUCUCAUCGUUUUUAAUUUCCAUCACCUGCAAUGCAACUGCAGCCCACGCCGCGUGGUCAAGGUACGCUGACCGACAAUGCCUCACGCCUGCAGCUGCCGCUACCAGCGGCGGUCACGGGUCAAUGGGCACGUUCACACGCACGGCUGACUGCCUGCCUGCCAUGUCCCGCCGCGUUCGCCGGCAGUUCGACCACUACUAGUAGUACCGAAUGAGGAUGAAUGUGCCUGCCUGCCAUCUCCCAUCCCCAUCACCCUCCUCUGCACAGACUGCACUGCACUAUCCAACUCGGAGCUGCAUUGGCACUGCCACUGCUGCACCGCUCUGCCUACGCACGCCACGCCUUGACCGGUUCCAGUUCCGUACAUGGACGCGCCCACGGCGUCGUCGCCGUCCUCGUCCUUCCCCGGCACGAGCUUCGUGGUCCUCUCCGUCUCCAUCGUCGGCAUCCUCGCCACCUCGCUCCUGCUCCUGGCAUACUACCUCGUCCUCACCCGCUGCGGCCUCCUCUUCUUCUGGCGCCCGGGCAUGCACGACGACGACGACGACGUCGCCGCCGGGCCGGGCCACCGCCGCCACGUCGUCGUCACCGUGCACGACGAGCCACCACGCCGGAGCGGCAUGGAGGAGGCGGCCAUCCGCCGGAUCCCCACGUUCCGGUACCGCCACGGCAGUACGCGCCUCGUGCUGGCGGCGGAGGCCAAGCAGGCCGCGUGCGCCGUGUGCCUCGCCGACUUCCGCGACGGCGAGAGGCUCCGCGUGCUGCCGCCCUGCCUCCACGCCUUCCACAUCGACUGCAUCGACGCCUGGCUCCAGUCCGCCGCCAGCUGCCCGCUCUGCAGGGCCGACGUCUCCGACCCCGCCGCCCUUCGCUGCCACCACCACCACCUCGACGUCCCGCUCCCGCGCGCCGCCACGGACGACGUCGCCGUAGAUGUUGUUAGUAGUAGUCCUACUCCUGCCUCCGCAGACGCCGCCGGCGAACAAGAGGCUGUGCCUUCUCAUGAGACCGCGCACCGGAACAGUAGCUGCCGCAGCUGUAGCAUGGGGGGAGGGGGAGGAGGAGGAGGAGACGGCUGUCUCUUGCCCAUGCGCCGGUCGCUGUCCAUGGACUCCAGCACCGACAAGCGCUUCUACCUCGCGCUGCAGACAAUUCUGCGGCAGAGUUCCGGCGCCUCCCAGGCUGUCACAGCAGGAGGUGACGGCAAAGCGGAGAGCAGCAAUGCCGCCGCCGACAUUGGCCCACCAUCGUCGAGGAGGUUGCGCCGGUCUUUCUUCUCGUUCAGCCAGAGCAGGGGAUCCCGAAAUGCCGUACUGCCGCUCUGAAUUGGGCGGCAUUGUCCUCAUCAAUUCAACUUCUUCGACUCUUCUUUUUGUUUUCUUGACCUGUAGCUGUAGGUAGAUACUACUACUAUAUACUUGCUUCACAAUUUCCUUUUCCUCUUGAGCGAUCGGUAAAAUGUGGACCGAACAACUGUGCAUGCUGUAGCUUAAUCAACAGCUCUGGCGCUGAGCAAGUUUGAUUAUUCAUAACUU